AGGAGUCAUCACUCAGGAUCUAUGCUUCCUUCUUUCAAUAUUUGUUAGCUGAAGUGGUAGCUGAAGGAGUAAAGAGCUGGGCUUGGGACAGAAGCUGAUUAUCAGCCCUGGAAAUGAUUACUAGGAGAGCUGCUAUGUGAUUGGUGCAACUUAUCUAUUUUCUUUAUCAUAAGCUGCUGUUGUCAGCACUGAGACCCCUGGAGUUUCCAUCAUCUGAAUGUCUCAGUGGAACAAGUGAACUCUGGUGCAAGGUAAAGGAUGUGGUCAUUUAUUUUAAUGGUAUGUCUGUCCCAAGAAUUUGUGCAGUCAAAAGAACACAUGAGAAGAAAACGAGCUGUGGAUCCAGAAGCAUUUAUGAAUAUUAAUGAACUCAUCAGGUACAGGGGCUACCCCAGCGAAGAAUAUGAAGUAAUAACAGAUGAUGGGUACAUUCUUAGUAUCAACAGAAUCCCAUUUGGCAUUAAGAAACAAGGGAACUCAGUUGUGAAACCUGUAGUGUUUCUCCAACAUGGCUUGCUAGGAGAUGGGAGCAACUGGGUCACGAACCUGGACAACAACAGUUUGGGCUUUGUCCUGGCGGAUGCUGGCUAUGAUGUUUGGAUUGGAAACAGCAGAGGAAAUGUCUGGUCCAGAAGACACCAAAAUAUGUCCAUACAUCAAGAAGAGUUUUGGGCUUUCAGUUUUGAUGAAAUGGCCAAGUAUGAUCUUCCAGCUGUUCUGAACUUUAUUCUGCAAACCACUGGACAGGGACAGUUAUACUACAUUGGCUAUUCACAGGGUGCUGCAAUAGGGUUUAUAGCAUUUUCAGCAAUGCCAGAGUUGGCUCAGAAGGUCAAAAUGUUUUUGGCCUUAGCUCCUGUAACUAGAAUUAAGUAUGCCAGAAGUCCUGCAAUAAAACUUAUGAGCCUCCCAGAGAAACUUCUCCGGGUUAUGCUUGGCAAAAAAGAAUUUCUUCCCCAGAACAAAUUACUCAAAAAGAUCAUUGUUCCAUUGUGUGGUUACAGAUUAUUUUCUGGUAUCUGUGGAAAUGUCUUCUUUUUUCUGGGUGGCUAUAAUAUGGCAAAUAUGAAUAUGAGUCGAGUAAAUGUGUAUGUUGCUCGGACACCAGCUGGAACAUCUGCACAGAAUAUAUUUCACUGGAGCCAGAUUUAUCGCUGUGGACUAUUUAAAGGUUAUGACUGGGGCCGUGAGGUCAAGAAUAAAGAAAAGCACAGUCAGUUUACUCCUCCUAUAUAUAAGAUAGAAGAUAUGAAUGUACCAACUGCAGUAUGGACUGGAGGACAAGACCUGCUUUCAGACCCAGAAGAUGUUGCUAUCUUAGUCUCUCAGAUUAAAAACCUUGUAUUCCAUAAAGCAGUUCCAAAAUGGGCUCACCUAGAUUUCAUCUGGGGUCUGGAUGCACCUCAGAACAUGUAUAAUGAAAUCAUUGCUCUAAUGAGGCACCAUGUGUAAUCCAAAGCAGAAGUGGGACAGACAGCAGCAGACAGUUUUAAGAUCAUACUGACCAGCUGACCUUUUCUGAAGUGGUCUUUUUGAAACAUUUAAUCAUGGGACUGAUAAGAGUGUUGGUUGUACAUGUCACUUUGCAAUAUUUGUAUUAAAACUGCAUUUUCCU